GUAAGGAAUCUAAAUUGGUUUUAGCUCAAAAGCGAAAACGAUGGGUUCCAUUGAAGAAGAAGCAAGACCUCUCAUCGAAGAAGGUUUAAUAUUACAGGAAGCGAAAUUGUAUGUUGAAGAUGGUUCAGUGGACUUUAAUGGAAACCCACCAUUGAAGGAGAAAACAGGAAACUGGAAAGCUUGUCCUUUUAUACUUGGUAAUGAAUGUUGUGAGAGGCUAGCUUACUAUGGUAUUGCUGGGAAUCUUAUCGCUUACCUCACCACUAAGCUACAUCAAAGAAAUGUGUCUGCUGCUACAAACGUUACCACAUGGCAAGGGACUUGUUAUCUUACUCCUCUCGAUGUUAGAGAAGCUUUGGUUUGACACGAACAAGAAAAGGACCGAAUCUCACACCUUCCCGGUGAACCAAACGAUGUCUCAUUCUCUCACUUCUCUGGUUACAUUACCGUCAACGAGUCAGCUGGAAGAGCACUCUUUUACUGGCUCACUGAGUCACCACCGAGUCAAAACCCUGAUUCUAAGCCUCUUGUUCUCUGGCUCAACGGUGGACCUGGUUGUUCCUCCGUAGCUUACGGCGCCGCUGAAGAAAUCGGACCUUUUAGAAUCAAUCCUGAUGGCAAAACUCUUUACCACAAUCCUUACUCUUGGAACAAAUUGGCGAAUUUGCUGUUCCUUGAAUCUCCAGCUGGUGUUGGUUUCUCGUAUUCGAAUACUACCUCUGAUUUGUACACUGCCGGAGACAAGAGAACUGCUGAAGAUUCGUAUGUGUUUCUUGUGAAAUGGUUUGAGAGGUUUCCUCAAUACAAGCACAGAGAGUUCUACAUUGCUGGAGAAAGCUAUGCAGGUCAUUAUGUUCCUCAGUUGUCACAAAUUGUUUAUGAGAAACGCAAUCCAGUUAUCAACUUCAAAGGCUUCAUUGUGGGGAAUGCUGUGAUUGAUGACUACCAUGAUUACGUGGGUUUAUUUGAAUAUUGGUGGACUCAUGGGUUGAUAUCUGAUCUCACUUACCACAACUUACGGAUCACGUGUGAAUUUGGAUCAUCCGAGCACCCGUCCCCUGAAUGCAGCAAGGCCAUGGAAGCUGCAGACUUGGAGCAAGGCAAUAUUGAUCCAUAUAGCAUUUACACUGUGACUUGUAAGAAGGAGGCUGCAGCUCUUAGGUCUCGCUUCUCCAGGGUUCGUCAUCCAUGGAUGUGGAGAGCAUAUGACCCUUGCACAGAUAGAUACUCAGGCAUGUAUUUCAAUUCUCCGGAGGUUCAAAAGGCUAUGCAUGCUAAUAUAACAGGACUUGCUUAUCCAUGGAAAGGGUGCAGUGACAUCGUUGGAGAGAAAUGGGCAGAUUCUCCUCUAUCUAUGCUUCCAAUCUACAAGGAACUCAUCGCCGCGGGUCUCAGGAUAUGGGUUUUCAGCGGAGACACAGAUUCAGUUGUUCCCAUUACUGGAACACGAUACUCCAUUAGAGCCCUCAAGUUACCACCACUCUCCAAAUGGUACCCUUGGAACGACGAUGGACAGGUUGGUGGAUGGAGCCAAGUUUACAAAGGGCUGACUCUGGUGACAAUACAUGGAGCAGGACAUGAGGUACCUCUUCACCGUCCUCGUCGAGCUUUUCUUCUUUUUCAGUCGUUUCUCGACAACAAGCCAUUGCCAAUUAGUGAUGAUGCUAAAGAGCAAAAGAUGAAGGACAAGAUCAUCUCUUUGCCAGGCCAACCUCCUAACCUCAAUUUCUCUCAAUUCUCUGGCUACGUCACUGUUGAUUCCGCGGCUGGACGAGCUCUUUUUUAUUGGCUAACCGAAGCUCCUAGGCCCAGCGGUACGAAGCCCUUAGUUCUAUGGCUCAAUGGUGGUCCAGGAUGCUCCUCCAUUGCCUACGGUGCUUCUGAGGAAGUUGGUCCAUUUCGGGUUAAUCCCGAUGGAAGGACUCUUCGUUUAAAUCUCUAUGCUUGGAACAAAGUGGCAAAUGUGUUAUUUUUGGAUUCACCGGCGGGAGUAGGUUUCUCUUACACAAACACUUCGUCAGACGAACUAACAGUGGGAGACAAGAGGACAGGGGAGGAUGCAUAUAGAUUCUUGGUGAGAUGGAUGGAGAGGUUCCCUGAGUAUAAGGAACGACCAUUUUACAUCGCCGGCGAGAGCUACGCUGGACACUAUAUUCCGGAGCUAGCUCAACUGAUCGUCAACCGUAACAAAGGUGCCAAAAACCCAACUAUCAAUCUAAAAGGGAUUCUGAUGGGGAAUCCUCUAGUGGAUGAUUAUAAUGACAACAAAGGGAUGCGUGACUACUGGUGGAACCACGGGCUUAUAUCGGACGAAAGCUACAAGGACCUGACCAAGUGGUGUCUCAACGACUCCAUCCUAUUCCCCAAGCCCAACUGCAACGCUGCUCUGAACCAAGCCUUGUCUGAGUUUGGUGACAUCGACCCUUACAACAUCAAUAGCCCUGCAUGCACCACACAUUCAUCAUCAAAUGAGUGGAUGCAAGCAUGGCGGUAUAGAGGGAACGAUGAGUGUGUUGUGGGAUACACACGCAAGUAUAUGAACGAUCUCAAUGUGCAAAAAUCUUUCCAUGCCCGCCUCAACCGCACUACUCCUUGGACCCCUUGCAGUCGUGUCAUAAGAAAGAAUUGGAAAGACUCACCUAAGUCCAUGCUUCCCGUCAUCAAGAAUCUUCUUCAAGCUCAUCUCCGCAUUUGGAUCUUCAGUGGGGACUCGGACGCAGUGUUACCGCUAAGUGGGACAAGGCAUUCGAUAAAUGGAAUGAAAUUGAAGAGCAGCAAAAGGUGGUAUCCAUGGUAUCAUUCACAAGGCCUAGUUGGAGGUUGGAGCCAGGUUUAUGAGGAUGGCUUGCUAACGUACGCGACAGUUAGAGCCGCAGGGCAUGAGGUGCCAUUAUCUCAGCCUCGUCUCGCUCUUUUCCUCUUCACCCACUUCCUCGCCAACCACUCUCUUCCCUCCUCUUCCUCUUAAUUUUUUUUUCUUUAACUUACGUAAAUUUUGUAAACAUCAUUAUCUGCUUGUUCUAUUGAUAGGUGGUAUUUAUUUCUGUUUUGUGUGUAGUUGUUACUUAUUAGAAGACAAAUAUAGAUCUUUUUCUUAU